CUUUUUCUUUUCUUUUUGUUCUUCUUCUUCUUCCUCUUCUUCUCCUUCUUUUUCACCGUCCAUCUCUCUAUCCAUCCCCUAAAAUCAAACAUACACCUCCUCCCUCGAAUAAUCAUUUUAUCCACUCCCCUUCUCCCUAUCACAAAAUUCCUCGCGCGGAGAGGAACGCGGAAUAUACGUCGAAAAACUCGCAAAUAUAUCGAGAUGACGAUACGCCUCGACGGGAAAACGUCACGAAAAAAAAGGAAAAGGAAAAAAAGAAAGAAAAAAGAGGAAAAGACAGAACGUUCUCGAAAAAGAUGGUCCCGAAGGCAAUGAUCGAGGAUCGAGGAAUCGAGGAUCCUCUCGAGUGCGCGGAUUCUCUCGUGGCGAAUAGAGCGUGUCAGCCGCGGGUCUCGAGAGAGCCACCGCGAGCCACCUAUCCGAUUCGAUACUUGAAAAUCUGUCGGCGAGAAUCGCUACCCCCCUCCUCUCCCUCCCCCUCCUCCCCCCCUCUCUCCGGUUCGUUUUGCUCGUGGAGGACGGCAGUUGGGCUCGCGGGUUGUGCAGAGAGGAAUAUAUCGGCGCGCAGCGUCCCGGUUGAUCGUGGCCCAGGUCGAGGGACAAGGAUCGAGAGCACGCGUCUCGAAUCACGUCCGAUGGAGUGCAGAGAGAGAGAGAGAGAGAGAGAGAGAGAGAGAGAGAGAGAGAGAGAGGGUAAGGUGGGUAAGGACGGAGAAGAGGCGAGGGGAAGGGAGAGGAAGGUGGAAGGGAGGGCAGGUCGGGGGAGGUGUAGCACGAGGUGUGGAGGAAAGAAGAAACGACGGAAGAGGGAAGAGAAGAGAAGAGUAAAAGAGGGGCCCGUGGUAGGGGGGCGGGUGAAGAGGGUCGGGGGCCCCCUUAUACGAUCCUGGCCGUGGUGCCGCUGGUGGGUAAAUGGGUAUAUAAGCGGGGCCCCGACGAUUCCAUCUCGACACACGACCCAACCUUCAUCCCGAUAUCACCGAACGGUUUCCUCUCGAGCGAACGAGCGUAAUCGCACGCGCGCGAAAAAGAAGAGAAAGAGAAAGAGGGAGAGAGAGAAAGAGGAAGAGAGAGAGGGAGAGAGAGAAAGAGAGAGAAAGAGAGAGGAGGGCAACUUACUUCUCGCUGCAUCUCUCGUUUGUCUCGAUACACACGAGCAUCCUAUUUUUUAAUCUGCCCUGUUCAGAGCGGAGCUCAAAUUCAAUCAUUUCGACUCCGCGAAGCUACACGGUGCGAUCAAGAGUUAUCUGAAUACCGGUCUCCUUUUUUUUUUUUUAAUUUCCGAACGAACAGUUUGAUCGGUGAGAGAGUAAAUUCCUGCCUGCCCGAGCGGCCUCCACGGAGAAGAAGCAUCCAGGAAGAGUCUAAAGCCGGACGAACCAAGUCGACGACCAAGAGACGGAAGCCGUUCCGACCAGUUCCACGGAGGAGAGAAAAAGACAUAUCAAGAUGACGAAGCUACUCGUAUUAGCGAUGGUGUGCCUGUUGAGCCAGAAGGCGGUGCUCUCGAUGCCGGUGGCCGAGAACCAGGAGCCCCUCCAAGUCGUGCCGCUCGAGAAAUCGGCGAGUGCGAGCAAGCCCGAUGCCCCGAUGAACGCCGAGGCCGCGGCACCUGCGAGCCAGGAGGUGGCGGCGGCGGAGCCGGCGCCAGCCGAGGCGAAAUCGGCCGCCGAGGCCGAGAAACCGAGCGUGAGGAGCGAGUCCUCGGCCGAGAACCCUCAACAGGGCGAGAAGGCUCUGGAGGAGAAGAAGGAAGAGGGUCAGCAAGAAGCGAAACCCGAGGAGAAGAAGGAGGAAGGCGGGCAGGAGAAGUUGGCCGAGCAACAGCCGCAGCAGGAGCAGCAAUCGCAGCAACAGCAAGCUCAGCAAGAGGGUGAACAGCAGCAGGCCGCGCAAGAGCAGAAGGCACAGGAGCAGCAGGGUCAAGAAGAAAAGAAGGAAGAGGAGAGCUUGAAGCAGGCCGCCUCCGAGUCUCACGAGACCGUGGUGCAAGCCGUUCCUCAGGAGGCACCCGUUGCCGAGGUCCCGGCGGAACAACCCGUUGCUAAAGCAGCUGUGGCGGAGGGAAAGAGUUCCGAGCAGGUAGACUCUGUUGAGAAGAGCGCGGAGGCUGGGAAAGAGGAGGCGAAGGAGGAGAGCAAGGAGGAAGCGAAGCCAAGCGUGAGAAAGGAGGAUGAAGCUAACUCGUCGGGCUCCGAGUCGGAGGAGAAGGCUCAGCCGGCCGCCGAGGAGAAGAAGGCCGAGAAGCCGCAGGAGGAGCAACAGGAGAAGAAGGCCGAGGAGAAACCCGACCGUGUGACCCGCGACGCCGAGGAAGCUGCCCCCGAGGAGAAGAAACCUGAACAGCCAGCCGUCCAACAGGAUCAGGCCAAGGCAGCGGAGGAGAACAAGCCGGCCACCGAGGGCGAGAAGGCUCAGCAACCCGCCGCCGUCGAGCAACCCGCCCUCAGUUCCGAGGAAUCAUCCUCGAAGAGCGAGGAGAAGACCGAGGCUGCUGCUGCCGCCGCCGCUGCCGCCGCUGCAGCUGCUCCUCAGCCGGAGAAGGAAGCGAAGAGCGCCGAGGUAGGUUCCUCCGCCGGCAACGCUCAAGAAUCCUCCGAACAAUCGGCGGCCAAACCCGCCGAAGCCAGCCAAGCUAAACGCGAGACCGCGGAGGCUCAGCCCGAAGCAAAAUCCGAGCCAGCCGAGGAAAAGAAGGAGGAAGGGCAGAAACAGCAGGAAGCCGGCGCGAAGGAAGCGAAGGAGCGCUCGGACGAUUCCUCCGAGGAGAAAUCAGGCGAGAAGAAGGAGAGCAAGGGCAGCGAGGAGGAGAAAUCCUCCGAGGAAUCCAAGCAGGAAUCCUCCAAGGCUGGCGACGAGUCCAAGCCCGAACUUCUGCCCAAACCUCAAGAACUGAAAGUGUAAGUGAAAGAUAGGAGCGAGGGUAACGGUCGCAGCGAGAGGCGGGAAGGAGAAGAGAGAACGAUAACCUCGAUUGAAAAAUUCUCAAGCGAACGAACAUCUCGAACGGAGCGGACACUGACUCGCCACUCGUCCAGACCACUGCGUUCAGAAUCACCAUCGACCAGACAAAAAUGGGAAAACAUUUAAAAAGAUAAAAAAAAAAAUUAAUAAACGUAAAAAAAAAAAAGAUGAACAAGAAUGCGCGAAUUGUUCGGCCCCGGGUAGAGAAAAGCAGCGAGCGGGAGAGAGAGAGAGAGAACGAGACGGAGUGAGAGUGUAUAUCGGUGUGAAUGGGAGAGAGAGAUUGCGCGAUCAAAUUCUGUGGCAGGGUCCAAAACUUCCCCCGGCGCGCUACGAUUCCGAGAGAAGAUUCACAUCGACUCGGGGCAGGAUGACCACGUGGCCACCUGGCUGUGAGGGAUGAAACUUAGAAAAGCACACGUCGGAACAAGAUUCUGAAAACAACGAUGAGGACGACGAUGACGAUGAUGAUCACGAUGAAGAUGGAAACUUGGAUCGAAUGCGGGACGAAAAACGAAAACAUCUACAUCUCAGGAACACGUGGUCACCCUUUGGGAUCUGACUUGGUGCACGCCAGGGAUCAUCCUCUCCUUCGUCCCGGCGGACACCGCGAUCUGUCCGCGGGGACGAAAUCGGCCCCCUAAUAUUUUAGUAUCCUUAUCCCAAAUCCCCCCUUCCUCACCAGAAUCUCUUUUUCUUUAUUUUUUUCCCCCCCCCCCCCUCCCCCCUCAAAAAAACGACACACGAACCACAACUACAACCUCAUCCCAAUAAAACUAGUGUGUAGCUCGACUCUGUCUUCUUUUUUUUUUUUAGAGAUACGUGUCAUUAUUAUUAUUAAUAUUAUUAUUAUUAUUACGAUUUAGUACCAGUACCGCUAUUAUUAUUAAUAUUAUUAUUUGUAUUAUUACUAUCAUCGUUAUAAUAAUAAUUAUUAUUAUUACUGUGGACAA